AUGGUAUCAUCUGGAAGAGGAGCUGAUAUAGAUGGCCUUGCACUCGACAUCAUAGAAGAACUCGAUCCUGUAUGCAUUGGAAAAGAAAAAUGGGUAAAAACAAACGACGUAGGUGAAGGCGAUAAUGUGAUGGACAUUGUGGUUGAAUUUCCAGUCGCAGCUGUGUUGUUUGUAGUUGCAACUGUCGAUGUGAUGGAGGUGGUAUUAGACGAGGUAAACAUGGUUGCUAUAGGUGUUGGCAUGACGCCUUCGCCUUGUUGUUGGGCUUGUGUUGAAUGGAAUAUGAUUAAAAGAAGAGAUAGUUGUGCUAGAUAG